AUGGCGUCGACCGAUCCAAUCUCCUUCACGGUUGUCUGGGGUGAUGCCUCUGAACUUCCCUCCACCCAAGAGUUCCGACAAGCGUUAGAAAGGGGCUCAGAUGAGCUCAAGCUAGAGACUUUACGGCGUAUCAUUACUGCUACUCUUAAUGGCAGCCCUCAAGUGCCCUCAAUUGCUCAUGCCAUUAUUCAAUACAUUCUCCCGUCGAAGAAUAAAACUCUGAAGAAACUUCUCCAUACAUACUGGGAAGUCUGCCCAAAGCACGAUGACAAUGGCAAAUUGAAGCAGGAGAUGAUCCUUGUGGUUAAUGCUAUUCGGAAUGAUUUGCAACAUCCCAAUGAAUACAUACGUGGCGCAACUUUGCGGUCCAUCCAAAAGAUCAAGGAUGCAGAGUUAUUGGAGCCAUUGAUUCCACUUGAACAUCGACAUUCCUACGUUCGAAAGAAUGCCGUCCUUGCAAUUCUAACCAUCUACGCGACUUCGAACACUUCCUCCCCGAUGGCCCCGAACUUAUUCAGAUAUUUCUGGCUGCUCGGCUGUCAGGAAACCGAUACGACAUGUCUUCGCAAUGGUCUUGUUUUCCUGACAAACUUCCUUUCUUCCAUAGAUCAAAUUCCAUCAUGGGACGAGCAGAUGCAGAUGGCAGUUGUCGAGGUGAUACGGAAGGAUUCUCUUGGGGAUUCCCCGAACCGACCCAAGUAUAUUCGCAUUGUGUAUGAGCUUCUGGAAUCGAGCUCAGCAUCUGUCAAGUAUGAAGCCGCUACGACUUUAACGACAUUGACAUCCAAUCCUGCCGCUGUCAAAGCGUCCGCCACCACCUUGAUCAACCUCGCUGCCGGUCAGCCUGACAAUAACGUGAAGCUCAUUGUUCUGGACCGCCUGUCCGCAUUGCAUGAGAAGCACUCCGCUGAUCUCAAUGUGAAGAAGAAAUGCAUUUCCAUCGCGCUUUCGAUGAUUACCAGCCGUAACGUCGAUGAAGUUGUUGACUUCCUCAAGAAGCAAUUGGUGAAGACUGUUGACUCUGAAUUUGAGAAAGUAAGUCUGAUGGACGUUUCCCUUCAUUGUAACUAUAGCGGCGAGUAUCGACAACUUCUCAUUCAAUCGAUACAUGUCUGCGCCAUCCGAUUCUCCGAGGUCGCAGCCAGCGUAGUACACGCGCUUAUGGACUUCUUGGGUGAUUCGAACAACGCGUCAGCUGUCGACGUAAUCGCUUUCGUCCGGGAAGUCGUGCAAAAGUUCCCGAAUUUGCGUGCCGCUAUCACCAAGACGUUGCUGCAGACGUUCUCUCAAAUCAAAUCUGGAAAGGUUUUCCGUGGGGCUCUCUGGAUUGUCGGGGAAUAUUGUACCGAGGUUGCAGAGAUUCACGAAGCAAUGCAAGAGAUCCGCAGGACGAUUGGUGAAAUACCCAUCCUGGCGUCCGAACAACGAUUGCUCGAUGAAGCUGGAGGCGACGUUGAACCGGAGAAGAAAGAGGGGACUGGUGCGAGUGGACAACCCCGUGUGCUCGCCGAUGGAACGUAUGCGACAGAAACUGCGUACUCGAGCGCUGCUGCUGCCCGUCUUGAGGCAGUCAAGGCAGCGUCUAAACCCCCGUUGAGGACACUCAUUCUCCAGGGAGACUACUUCACGGGAUCCGUGCUAGCCACAACGCUCACGAAGCUGGUCUUGAGAUUUAGGAAGGUGUCGAAGGAUGCGAAGGGUGUCAAUGCGCUUCAGGCUGAAGUGAUGCUAAUUAUGACGUCCGUUGUUCGGGUUGGGCAAUCCAAAUUUUCGUCUGCACCCAUUGAUGAGGAUUCUAUGGAGCGCAUCAUGGGAUGUUUAAGAACACUGAGUGAGGUGGAAAUCAUUUUCUUGGAGGACACUAAAGCUGCUUAUGCAAAAUGGUCGCUACCGAAGAAGUGGGCUCGCAAGGCUGCCGAAAAGCGAGAGAAGGACAGCAAAGUAGUCACUGUGCAAGUGGAUGAUGUGCUCUCUUUCAGACAAUUCUCGAAGAAAUCGGGGAUAGACGCUUUUGAUGAUUAUGAACAGGACGUGUCAAGGGCAACUGGAGCAGAAGAAGUCAAAGAGGAUCUCCUUUCUAACCUCAGCCGAGUGGUGCAACUGACAGGCUUCUCUGAUCCAGUAUACUCCGAAGCAUACGUGAAAGUGCACCAAUUCGAUAUAUUACUGGGUAAAGGCAAUGGCCUUGGAAGUUGUGCUCACUCAUGGAUCUUCCCACUCGACAGAUGUUCUUAUCGUCAACCAAACCCAAAUACCCUCCAAAAUCUCUGCAUCGACUUUGCAACUCUCGGAGACUUGAAAUUAGUAGAGCGGCCAUCUACAUAUACCAUUGGACCGCAUAGCUUCCACAGUAUAAAGGCGACCAUUAAGGUAUCAUCCACUGAGACGGGUGUAAUCUUUGGGAACAUAAUAUGGGAAUCAGGGACGACAGAGACUUCCGUUGUUCUCAAUGACAUCCAUAUUGAUAUAAUGGAUUACAUCAAACCUGCCUACUGCAAUGAAGCCGCCUUCCGAAGCAUGUGGACUGAAUUCGAAUGGGAAAAUCGAGUGAACGUCAACACAGGCAUAACCGAUCUGCGGGAAUACUUGCAACACAUUAUGAAGUCAACGAACAUGGCGUGUCUCACUCCUGAAGCAGCCCUCGAGGGUGAUUGCGAUUUCCUUUCUGCAAAUCUGUAUGCGAGAAGUUUAUUCGGUGAAGAUGCACUUGCGAAUCUCAGUAUUGAGAAGGCCGAAGACACAGGCGCUAUUCAAGGGCACGUCCGGAUACGAAGCAAAACGCAAGGCAUUGCUCUCUCCCUCGGAGACAAGAUAACGUUGGCACAAAAACGCAAGCCUAUCGCGCUUAUCUCGUAG